UGACCAACUUGCCUGAAGCGUCAGUAGCUCGACACGGACAGACUUCUGUAAAGUUCCUGCUCUUGUGUCUCCCCCCACACCCGGCGCUAACAUGGCCCCCAGCACGCAGCUGAAAGAGGCGAUAAGCGAUGUGCAGGAGGGUAUCCGUGCCAUUCUGCUCGGACCUCCCGGAGCCGGGAAAGGGACUCAGGCCCCUCGGUUAGCAGAGAAGUACUGCGUCUGCCACCUGGCUACAGGAGACAUGCUGAGGGCCAUGGUGGCUUCAGGCUCCGAGCUCGGCAAGAGGCUGAAGGAGACCAUGGACUCGGGCAAGCUGGUCAGCGAUGAGAUGGUGGUGGAGCUCAUCGAGAAGAACCUGGAGACGCCGGCCUGCAGGAACGGCUUCCUGUUGGACGGAUUCCCCCGAACCGUCAAACAAGCAGAGAUGCUGGACGACUUGUUGGACAAGAGACGGGAGAACCUGGACUCUGUGAUCGAGUUUGCCGUCGAUGACUCCCUGCUGGUGCGCAGGAUCUGUGGCAGACUGAUCCAUCAGCCCAGCGGACGCUCCUACCACGACGAGUUCAAACCCCCCAAAGUCCCCAUGAAGGACGAUGUGACGGGCGAGCCGCUCAUCCGCCGCAGCGACGACAACGAGACGACGCUGCACUCCCGCCUGAACGCCUACCACCGGCAGACGGUCCCCCUGGUGCAGUACUACAGCGCCCGGGGUCUGCACACGGCCGUCGACGCCUCCCAGGACCCCAGCGUGGUGUUCGCCUCCAUCGUCGCCGCCUUCUCCGCCGCCACAGAAGCUCCCGCUCGCGCCGUGGCCUCUGCUUGAGUCCUGAGCCGCUUCGCUCCCUCCGAGGCGAACGAAGACACGGUUUAAACUUGAUGACGGCCUCUGGGCUGAGAGAUUUAUUUUUAUUCCCUGUAGAUUAUGACCAGAAUGAAACGAUCUUCAAUAAACGUUCUGCUUUUCUACAACCUCCA